AUGGUAGCAGUGUUCAAGCAGACAGACGCGCUCCGUUUCAGAACGCCACUUGUACCUUGUCAGCGCAUACCUAUGGACACAGACUUUCUCGCCGACGUUAUCCCGCCGCGCUACGCGGUCGAGUCGGACGAGGAGGACGAAGAGAACCCGCUGCUUCCCCCCGCCGCCCAGGCUAACCGCGUCGUCGAUGUCAAAAUCGCUGGCGACUACCCAACCGAAAAACCGAUGCUUCUAGCCAUUGGGCUGGCAGCGCAGACGUGGGCGAAGGGCGUCGGACUGGGAGAGGUCAAGGCGUCGAUAGUGUUGAAUGGGAUACAGGUUGGCUUUGCCUUCUCGCCGUCGUGGACGAAAGCGACUGUUGUGGUGUCUGAAGCUACGAUACGCAUACCGACGUGGGCGAUGUACGCGUAUGCCGAGGCCGUGAUCGCUGCACUUAAGCCGACUAGCAUCGUAAUCCUCGAUACCUACUCAGCCCCGCAAUACAUCGACGCCCACCCCAUCUCAGCCGCAGAUGCUCCGAUCAGGUAUCUGAGCACAGACGCCUGGUCACCUGUGGGCCGCGGGGCCUCCCCAUUCGCGCCUCCCAAUGUCCUGCAAGCCACCUCCGCUGCCUUCAUGCUCAUCUCGGCGUUGAGCUCCAGCGCCGCCACCCUCCUCCUCCUGCCCUCUCCAUACUCGAUGCUUCCCCCAGCAUCAGAGUUAUCGUCAUUAGGCCUCAGCAGGGAGAUCGAUUGGCCUACGGCUACCAUGGCCGCAGCCCACGAGUGGCUGCUGCAAGCCCUCGGCGAACAGGCAUCAUCAAAGUGGGACAGAAACAGCAGUAGAAUCUCAGCUCGCGCCCCAUGGCUAACCCUCAAACGCGACGAGCCCCCGCCAGACUCGGGCAUGUACCUCUAAAAGGACGUCGGGUUCUGUUUGCUUGGGGUAUACGGAUUAGCGAAGACAUGUGCGAUACCUGCAGCAUAGUAAUGUGUAACUGUAAACUACCAAAGAUCCCUUGCUUCUUCCCUCCC